AUGGCUGAAGUUGACCGUCCAAAAACGCGCGCCAAGACCAGCAAAGGCGCUGAAGAGCGGCCAAAAACCAAGACGGAGAGGCCAAAGACCAACGCGGCCGAAAACGGCGAUCGGCCCAAGACGAAAGCGGCCGAAAAUCGGCCCAAAGCUAAUGGCAAGGAGAAUAAAAAUCCCGGUUUAUUGGAGGUGUCGCCAGCUCAGUACAGACCCGGCUCUUCGAAUAAGGUAAGUAGAAUUUCCCGUCCUCCCAAGACUGUCGGGAAAAUAAUGAGCACUCUGUCGCUUUGCCGAUGGUGUCGCUGAAGUGAAAAGAGGUUUGAUUUUCUCCGCGACAAAACUCGUUUUCUCGGCGGCGAGGCGAUUUUCGAUGCGAUAGGGUGCUCAUUAUUUUCCCGACAGACUGACAAAUUCAGUCAGCCCUCUGGACAACGAAUCGUUUUUCGCCUAAAAUCUAGUCUAUGGGUCGAAAAAAUGAUUCGCUGUUGGAGGAGGUGGAUUUGUCGUCGCCGCCGAGAAAAUGAAUUGUGUCACCGCAAAAUCAAAUUUCUUUUCGCUUCAGCGACGCGAUCGGCGGAGCGACAUUGUGCUCAUUAUUUUUCAGACAGACUGAUAAAAGCUUCACUAUCAUCUUUUCACACAUAGUGGUGGACCUGAUCCAGUGGCAAAAAACGUAUCAUUUUACAUCCGGGAAGUAUCAAAAAAUGCAGCAAAAUGCCUCCCAUUCAAACUAAAAAACUCCGUUUUGAACCCUUUCCCUCACAAAAAGAGCGAGCGCGCUUUUGAAAUCGGAGUUUUUCGCUUGGAGCGGGAGGCAUUUUGCUACAUUUCUUGAUACUUCCCGGAUGCAGAAUGGCACGUUUUUUGCCACUGGAUCAGGUCCGCCACUGUAUGUACCUCCUGUAAACAUUAUUAGGUUGUCCAACAAAUAAUGACCCUCUUUUCCCUCAGGUCCAUCCAUCCGACCUUGCUCCUCCGCCUCCGUCCGCCGCCCCCUCGCCCGUCCAGGACUGGCUCCACUCGGCGGAGGAUCCGGACGCGGAGACGGCCGUCAAAGUGAAGGCGUCGGAUCUUCCCCUCAACACUGUCGCCGAGAACCCGCCUCCCGAAGACGUGGAUAUCAUCUUCUUGGACGAGGUCCCGGCCCAUUUGGAAUGCCAAGUGUGUGGGCAGAUUCUGCGAAUUCCGAAGCGAUUGAAAUGCGAUCAUCUGUUUUGUAGUGCAUGUCUGGUUGGGGUGGAGAAGUGCCCGACUUGUGGGAAGCCGUGUGAUCCGAAGAAUGUGAGUGUUGAGGUCGCAACUAAUUGUUGGCAAUAGGUCUCUGUUUACCCUAAAAAUACAGUAAUUCUUUACGAAGCCCGGUUCCGGAGUAAUUGAGCCCCGCCAAAAUCGAUUGAUACGAAGCGUAGGGUAGGAUGGGACCCAAAACAGGGUCUUAGGAGGUGUCUACAAGCCCUAGUAAGAGCCACUGGAUGCUCGGCAAAGACUUGGCAAAGACUGCAAUAUGACCACUUUUUCUAAUUUUAGAUCUUGCUAACCUGUUUUUUUUUCUCGACUCUGAACUUACAGUAACACAGAAAAAAACCUAAAUUUGGAAUUCGAGGUCGAUAGAGUAGACGAAACCCGGAGAGCGGUCAGGGAAAAGAGCAGUUUUUGGCCAUAUUUCUGUCAGCUACAUACGGAAAAAAUUGAUUUUUUGUGGAAACAUUGCUCUUUGCAAUAGAAAUAGAGAUGAAACCUUUCGUGCCGAAAUUCUGCAAAAAGUGUCAAGAUUUUGCCGCCCUUCAAUCUAAAAAUCUCGGUCGUUUCCGCACUUUGAGCUCUCGCUUUUCUUACCUAAAACUGCCCUUGGGCUUUCUGAAGUCGCUUGUUAUGGGCUGCUCUUUAGCUGCAGCUACCAAUUCUGUCCUAUGCUUCAACAAGCUCUAUUUUUCCAUAUGACCCAAAUUGCAAUUUUCAGCUGCCCGAAGACAAAGCCACCACCAAGGAGAUCCAACAGCUCGGCGUCAAGUGCAGCUACGCCGACAACGGCUGCGAUUGGACGGGCAUUCUGAAGGAAUUGAAGUCGCACGUAAUUUCCUGCGAGUUCGCCGACAUCCCCUGUCCGCGCGGUUGCGGCAAAGUGUACGCAAAGCGCGACGAAGAGGCGCAUUUGGCCAAGUGCACCAAGAAGAUGGUGAUCUGCGAGUUCUGCGGCAAAGAGAUCAGUGCGAAAGGGAUGAAACUGCAUUUGAAGAUGUGCCCGCUGAUGAUUAUCGAUUGCCCCAACCGAUGUGGAUUGAAGGAGAAGACCAGAGAGGAGGUAGGAGUGCUACAUAUUAUACAUGAUAUCACUCUGUCGGAAAAAUAAUGAGUACUCUGUCGAUCACAUCGCCGCCGAGAAAAUGAAUUGUGUCGCGGAGAAAAUCAAAUUGCUUUUCACUUCAGCGAGACGAUCGGCGCAGCGACAGAGUGCUCAUUAUUUUCCCGACAGCUUGGCAUUGGUCACGCCAUAAAGUCCGUAGAAUUCUGCAUAGUGAGUUUGCAUGUUUUUUCGCAUGCGAAUUCACGUUUUUUGCUUUAGCGACAGGCACUUUUCUGCGAGCGCAACCAGCGACGUCGCCGAAAAAAUUUUAUGGACUUUCUGGCGUUUUUUCGGCUCAGAAUGGGCCGGUAAAUUGAGCUUCCCAGCAAAACUAAUACCUUGGUCAUCCCUUACCACUUUUUUUCCUUAAAAAGAGUCCCCUUCUCUGAUUUUUAUAACUUUUUAUCAGUCUGUCGGGAAAAUAGUGGCCAUAGUCGCAUAAAAUGUGUGCCCGACAGACUGAUAAUUUUUUUGGGCAUUACUUAUUGUUAGCUAGCUAAUAGCAAAUGGAACAAUAGAUAUUGCAGUAGAACAUAUAGGAUAAAAAUUACAUUACGACUUCCAGAUCAACGCUCAUCUUCCCGAUUGCCCCAAGAAGGGCUCCGUCUGUCCCUUCGGUGAAUUCGGCUGCAACUACGCCGGAGGGCGGGAGAACCUUCAAAAACACAUCAAGGACGACCUGGUAAAUCAUCUCGGGUUCCUCUGCGAAGGUGCCACCGAGUUGCAAGCGCUCCUGACCCAUGUGCAUCUUAAUAUGGACAGGACCAACCGAAAUGUCACCGUUCUGCAGAGCCGGGUAAGAUUUCUUGACAAAAUCUUGCCUUGGUAGUUGAAAACUACAUGUAUAUACAUGGGUGCAAUAUCCUGUUUUUGCAGGUGGACGCCCUCGAAAAGUUGUACGGUUCUCAAUACAUCUGGCGGAUCGACGAUUACAACAAGCGCUUCAAAGAGGCCAAAACCAAUUCGCGGCCGGUGAUUUACUCCCCACCGUUUUUGUCGGGCCGUCAUGGCUACAAAUUGGUGAUGAGCGCGGCGUUGAAUGGCGAUGGCGCAGGUAUGUAAUUCGUGGGGGGUUUUUUUUGUUGGAUUUUUCGAUGUCUGAGAUGGCCAUUAGUGCCUAGAAUUACAUUACCGAACUAGCCAUAUAUACAUAUAGUUGGGGUCUUCUAAAUCUUGUGUGUCCAGAAAAUAUGUCACGAUGACAUCCAUAUAAAGUGCGUCGGUGGUAUAAACAACGGCCGUACAUGGCUAGGAGCUCUCCAGAGGGCCCACAAAAAAAUUGGGUCCAAACCUUUGCAAGGUGCAAUUUGGAUGACGGAUUUUUUGAAAUUUUUCUGCGAUAGUCUUUGCAAUGCCCAAAAUUUCUUAACCUGCUCUAGAGAGUAUUCCAAACCAUGGUAUGAUAGUCUGUCGGGAAAAUAAUGAGCACAAUGUCGCUCGCGUCGCUGAAGUGAAAAGCAAUUUGAUGUUGCCGCGACACAAUUCAUUUUCUCGGCGGCGAUACGAUUUUCGAUGCGACAGAGUGCUCAUUAUUUUCCCGACAGACUGAUAUUACUUAUGAAACAAGAAUAUUUUUUUGCAGCCAGCGGCAAAUUCCUCAGCGUCUACCUGUCGAUUAUGCGCGGAGAGCACGACGCUCUGUUGCCAUGGCCUUUCGUCCACAAAGUCACGUUCACCUUGAUGGAUCAGAAUCCCGAUGUGAACGAGCGAGAGCACAUGGUCUACGUGAUCAAGCCGUCGCCCAACGGCGAAGACGACAACUAUUUGCACCGGCCUUCGGCGGAGCGCAACUCCGCGUUCGGCGCGCAAAAGUUUUGCGCGUUGGAUGUGAUGGGGAAAUACGUUCGAGAGGAUGUUCUGUUCAUACGGUGUUACAUUGACACCGAAAAUAUGAUUGUUUUGUGA